UCUAAAAACAUGUGAUACGAAUUUCCAAUGUUUCUAUUCUAAAUGUAAAAUUGAUGGCUUAAAAAUUGAGUUUUAAUUAAUUUGAUUGCUAAAACAAAAAACCACUAUACUACGUGUACAGGCCAUAAGUUUGCAAUUAACAUCUAUUAUCAAAAUUAUCAAAUUGUAUUUAAAAGUGGAGGCUGAACAUUAGAAAGUUUGUUCAAUUUAUAUACGAAAAAUGGAAGAUAUGAGGAAGAAUAUUCUAAGUUUCAAACCAGGAAGAUCAGUUUUUCAAUCACCGAGCCGGAACAGAAAUGAUGCUCUACAAGAGUUGCUACUUACAAUGCAAAGCUCUGAGGCGACUGAUAUGAACAUGCUGAAAGAUUUACAAUGCUCAGUCGAAUAUCAGAGAAAAGAACACAACCAGUUUAGCAAACAGUUGGCCGAACUUGGCAAUCUUCAUGAAGGGAUUAAAUUGAAGAUGGCAAAACUUCAAAAAUGCCUCGUAGUUCAGGCUGUGGAAUCGGUCAUCUACGAAAAGCUCAAUGCAUUUCAUAUGGCAAUCGCCGAAGUGAAUAAUUGGCAAGAAGAUAUCAGGUGUCAUACUUCUGUAAGACGGAUUCUCCCUUGGGCCAGGGACUCGAUGAUGCGGUUACAUUUUCUUUCUAAAUUCUUGGACGAUGCACGGAAUGAAAAAGGUGGCGCUAUUCUCAAUCCAAUCCUUGUCUAUCUUCCUCAUGGUAACAAUAAAAUCCACGAGUUGUUCCUCGAACUAUUCAACAAGGCUGCAAUCCCAAUGAUACAAAUGAUAUGGCACUGGGUGGUCAGGGGAGCCUUAAAUGACCCUUACGACGAGUUUUUUGUUCAGUACAAUUCAGACUGCACUAUGGACGAAUGGCAUGAACAAUUUGUUUUAAGAAAAGACUUCCUUCCUAGUGUAAUCAAUAGCUCACUUGGAAAACUAAUAACAGCUACAGGGAAAGUUAUGAACUUCUUAAACAAAUACUACCCCGAAAAAUGCUCUGAAAUAAUCGAGAAAAGAAAGAACUUAUACGACUUUCAAGAGUUCAGUUUUCCCCUCUUGGUGAAUAAAGAAGAUGAGUUUCAGCAUUACAUAAAAGAUAUUUACACUGAAAACUCAUCAAUUUUUCUAAAAAUGUUGGAAGAAAAAUAUAUGCUAAGUUCUUUCUUCAAGAACAUCCAUGAUUUUUUCUUCCUCAGUCAGGGGCACUUUGCAAGGCACUUCAUGAUAAGCAUGUACUCUGAAUACAGCAAAUCGGUGAAUGACGUGUCCCUCAAUCAUCUCAAUUCGCUGCUGGCUUCCGCGAUCGGUGAGAUGAUGACCAUGAAAUCCAGUGACAGGAUAUUCAACGAAGUCAUCGUCCAUUUAAACACCCCCACUGAGAAGGACACUGUCGCCGACGUUUUCACUCUCAAGUAUCAAAUGUCACCUCCAUUGAACCAAAUGUUUGAAACGUUCGAGAUAUCCUACAGAAAGAUUUUUAGGUUUUUAUGGAGCAAAAACCAUGUUUCUUACUUACUGAGUAAUUGUUGGAGGUCACUAAGGGGUUUGCUACGAACAAAAAAUCUCACUGAAGAUCUCUCAUACAAUCUGAAACGGGUGUACUUGUUCAACAACCAGCUAAUGCAAUUCACGUACCAACUCGACUUCUAUAUGAUUUAUGAGAUAGUCGACAGAUGGUGGCAAACGUUCAUGUUAUGCUACAAGGAGAGCAACGACAUUGAAGAGGUGUUGUGCUCGCAUGCAAAAAUGCUCUCAUCAAUUUUAACAGGCACAUUACAAAAGAAACACCAAGCUGAGGUCAGCAUCCAGCUGCGGCACAUUGUAAUCUUAAUAUCAGAAAUAGAAGAAUUAAUAACAAAUAUUUACUACUUCAUCAACAACCAAAAUUUUUCCUUUGAAGACUCCUCUUUAAUAUUUUCUGCCAAAGUUGAUGUUUUACUUAACACUGCUGAGACUGCUGUGAAUAAAUUCAGCUCUUUCCUCAAGAGUUGCAGGCACAUCCAUGGUUUAUUGGCAGUUUACGAAAGAAUUAAUUUUAAUGACUAUUACAAACGGGACAACGAUAAAACAGAAAAGCCACUCCCAAAGCCGACAAACGUGUAUACAAUAAAGGAAAGCACAAGUGGUUGAAAGAAAUCAAAAUGAUAAUAAAUUAUACAAAAAUGGAA